CCCGCCCCAAGUCUCUCUCGGCUCUCCCGCUCUCUCGUUACGCUUGCUAAAGAAACCCUGCCUCCAUCUUGACCCCGUGAGCCGUGACCCCAUCGCCGUCGCCGCAUCUUCGUCGCCGCAUCUUCGUCGCCGUCGGCCUUUCCCUCUAGGGCGUUGUUCACUUGUUCGGCGAAGUACCUUCCUCAAACUUCGAUUUCUCAAUGAAAAUGGCGAUUUUCCAAGUAAGAACUUGGCUCUCAAGAAGAUUUUCAUCUGUUUCUUCCCAUCCUUUGCAAGUCUGUGUUGUUGGAAGCGGACCUGCUGGCUUCUACACCGCCGAAAAGAUGUUGAAGGCGCAUCAAGGAGCGCAAGUUGAUAUCAUUGAUAGAUUGCCCACGCCAUUUGGUCUAGUACGCUCCGGUGUAGCGCCUGAUCAUCCCGAAACAAAGAUUGUGGUCAAUCAGUUUUCCCGGGCUGCACAACAUGAACGGUGCUCAUUUUUUGGAAAUGUGACGCUUGGGUCUUCUCUUUCUCUGGCUGAGCUUCGUGAGUUGUACCAUGUGGUUGUGCUAGCCUAUGGUGCUGAAAGUGACAGAGUUCUGGGUAUUCCUGGAGAAGAUCUUAUUGGCAUACACUCAGCUAGGGAAUUUGUUUGGUGGUAUAAUGGACAUCCAGAUUGCAAAAACCUAGAUCUUGAGCUGAAGAACACUGAUACAGCUGUCAUCCUUGGUCAGGGUAACGUAGCUCUUGAUGUUGCACGUAUUCUUUUACGACCGGCAACAGAAUUGGCAACAACUGAUAUUGCCAGCCAUGCUUUGGCUGCUUUAGAGGAGAGCUCUAUAAGGAAAGUGUAUUUGGUUGGAAGACGUGGACCAGUCCAAGCAGCUUGUACCGCUAAAGAGUUACGUGAGGUUCUUGGCAUUAAAGAUCUUUAUAUUCAAAUACAGGAAGCUGAUCUUCUUAAGACCCCGAAAGAUGAGGAAGAAAUAAAGAAUAAUCGAAUUCAGAGAAGGGUUUAUGAGUUGCUCUCCAAGGCAGCGACCACUGGACAUUCCUAUCCAAGAUCAGGUCAACGUGAACUCCAUUUUGUUUUCUUCCGGAAACCAGAUAUAUUUCUGGAUUCAGAUGAAAGAAGAGGCCAUGUUUCUGGUGUGCACUUUGAGAAGACAGUUCUUAAAGAUGUUGGUGGUGGAAAACGAGUUGCAGUUGGUACUGGACAAUUUGACGACCUUCAGUGUGGGAUGGUGCUAAAGAGCAUUGGAUACAAAUCAGUACCAGUCGUUGGUUUGCCCUUUGAUCAUCAGAAAGGUGUAGUCCCCAACAUUAGAGGUCGAGUUCUCCACAAUACUUCAGAAGAUCCUACUCUGCUUGAGGAGGGCUUGUAUGUAUGCGGAUGGUUGAAAAGAGGACCAACCGGGAUCAUUGCUACAAACCUCUAUUGUGCUGAGGAAACUGUUGCGAGCAUAUUGGAAGACCUUGAUAAAGGAGUUUUGGCAACCAAAUCUUUCUCGCCCAAGCCAGGCAGAGAGGGUCUCCUCCACUUGCUAGAUAACCGAAAUGUCAGAGUCGUACCAUUUAAUGGUUGGGAAAAGAUAGACUCCACAGAAAGGAGAGUUGGGAGUCUUAAAAACAAACCCCGGGAAAAAUUAGCCACUUGGGAGGAGCUACUGAAAGCUGCAACGGAAUAAAUCAACUUCACAUAAACCAGGUAGUCCACCAUGGGAAGACGGCGGAUGCACUUGGUAAGAUGUAUAACAAAUAGGCAUUGAACACAUUAGAAUUUGAUGGAGUUUGUAUUGGAAAUAUCAUCAGAGAUGACGAAACUGUUGAGGAGAAACCCUUCUUGGAGUAUCAUCAGAGUGAUGCUAUAUACUCUUAUUAAUUUCUCAUUUCCAUCUUAUUUCGUUGACGUACUUCCGUAUGUAAAAGCGUUUCUCCUCAGAAUUGAGAAUAAAA